AUGGUACACCAGUCAAUUAAAGUCUAUGCAAGAAUAAGGAGAGGUUCUCCGGGAAAAUUAGAGCAAUAUAAUAUAAUAACGAAGAAAGAGUAUGAAAAUCUGAUAUUUUCCAAUAUUUAUGUGUCUCCGGCCACUUUCAACCAAGGUUUCAGGUUUCAUAAAAUAUUCGAUAAGAAUACAUCUCAACCAGAAAUAUUCGAGACUCUAGCGAAACCUGUAAUUUGUAGCGUUAUCGAAGGCUUUAAUGGGACAAUUUUCGCUUACGGACAGACUGGAAGUGGGAAAACUUUUACUAUAAAUGGCUCUUCUAAAGAAUACAGUCAGAGAGGCAUUAUUCCUAGAAGCAUACAGUAUAUUUUUGAUCAUUACACUAAUAUACCAGAAAAACCAACUAUUUACAUUUCUUAUAUGGAAAUUUAUAAUGAAAUUGGAUAUGAUCUACUCAGUACUAAACAACAAAAUGUUGCAAAAACUCUAGAAGAACUACCCCGAGUUUUUGUGAUGGAAGACAAAAAGGGUGAUGCUCACCUAAGAAAUUUGAGCGUUUAUCCUGUUACAACAGAAGAAGAUGCCAUGCGUUUAUUAUUUAUGGGCGAUACAAACAGAACCAUUGCUGAGACUCCUUACAAUGAAUAUUCCUCAAGAUCACAUUGUAUUUUUACCGUGUAUAUCACACAUCGUAGCAAUGAUUCUAAAAAUUUAAGAUCCUCCAAGCUGCAUCUUGUAGAUUUGGCAGGGUCAGAAAGAGACUACAAAAAUAAUUGUUCAGGUGUUGUAGUGCACGAAGCAAAAUUUAUAAAUCUGUCAUUGUAUUUUUUGCAGCAAGUUAUUCUAGCCCUUUCUGAAUCGAAAAGGUCGCAUGUACCUUACAGAAACAGUAUGUUGACGCAUAUUUUAAAAGAUUCUUUAAAUGGAAAUUGUAUAACUACUAUGUUGGCAACAUUGUCAUUAAGCAAAGAAAAUUUUCAGGAAACUCUAAGCACUUGCAGAUUUGCACAAAGGGUUGCACUAAUUACAACUAACGCUGUCAUCAACGAAAUAACUGAUCCUGAACAAGAAAUAGGAAUACUGAGAAUGAGAAUACAAGAACUAGAGACUCAACUGUCCAAAUCAAUCACAUUUUCGAACACCACAAUUCUGUCCUCUCAGCAAAAAGAAAAUUGCCAAUUAGAAGUAAAUAGUUUUAUUAAUUCAGAUAAAAAACCCAUUGCAGUUGAACCCGAUAUGACUCAAAUACAAUUCUGCUUCAGUUUGUUGAAAAAAGAACUCGAUAAAAAGAGAAAUGAAUUGACAAUAAUGGAAAAUUUGGUAAAAAAGAAAAAGUCGGAAAUAGGAAGUUUAAACGCUGAAAUGAUUAAAAAGAAUGCAGAAAUUGACAAGUUAAAAAAUGUAAUAGAUAGGAUUGCCGAUAAUCCAGUAUCACUCUGUGCGACUAGCCAAAUUUGUAUAAAUUCUGUUGACUCAUCCUAUCAAAAAUCCAAAGAUGAAUUACCACUUUUAAAUUGGCAGGACCAAAAAUCUUUGGAAGACUUCAUGUCUAAACCAGGCAUUUCAGAUGACUUAAAUUUUUACAAAUCCGCUUUACAGAACAAACUAAAAUUAGCCAAAAUAUACGCUGAUACUAUAGAGGAAUGUAAAAGAAAAAUCACUUUCAUUAGAAAUAAACUAGAUAAUAAGAACAAAACUGAAGAAGAAAAACAAAAUUUAAUUAAAGACCUUGAAGAACAACAAAGGUUAUACAAAAAAGGGUUAGUAGAAAUGAAGCAGAUACAAAAUGAGACCAAUCAUCUAGAAGCAGGAUUAAAACAGGCUGAAAUUCGGGUAGUGCACAAGUUUCAAAAUUGGUUAGAAGAUAAAAAUUUACCAAAUCAAAUUUAUAGUUAUUUAGAGGAAAAAACGAGUCCCCAUAAUUCUGUUUUAAAACCAGCUGAAAAACCGAAUUAUGGAAUCGUACCAACUGUUGUUACAAAAGAAAAAGAACAUCAAAAUUAUGCAUUAAAAUCUAAACCAGUAGUUGUUCGUCUAUAUGAUAGAAAGAUGCAGCCUGUAAAAAUUUCAAAAGUAUCUAUCCAAUCAAAUGAUAAUUUAAGUCAAAAUUCGAAAAGUUUUACAAAUGUGUCUACUGACAAAUCGAAAAAUAUUGAUGAUUUGGACUAUUUCGAAUCAAUUUCAAGUAUCAAAAAUGUAACAAAACCAAAUACUAUUCAAGAAAUAAUAUCACAACGUGUAGAAAAAGCCAGUUGUAAAUCCGAUGGCGAUAGCAGUAGAGAAAGUAUACAACCAUCAAAACUUAGUGAUACCAUAAAAUUUCUCUAGAAAAUAAUAUUGAAAAAAAUUAUGUUUCUAACAAAUCUGAUUUAUCUAGUUUAUUCAUAGCCAAAAAUAAUGUUACUUCAACUUCAGAAGUUACCAAAGAAACAAUUUCGAAAACAUUGACAAAUUAUAUAGACCCUCCUAAAGAAACAGCAGUGAAUGAUACUACAGAAGAUCAUAAUGAUUUUGCUGAUUAUUUUAACAAUUCUGAUACUUUUGAGUUCAAAGAUUUUAUGAAAACUGUUAAAUUGUCGGGUGUUUCUGAAAUAGAUGAGGAAAUUGUAAAUUUUUAUAGAAGCAAAUUCUGUUGA